AGUGCUUGCUCUGCACCUGGCCUCACAGCUCACAACCUUUCCUUCCUUGUGAAGUGGAGAGUAAUAUCCUCAUUUUACUAAUGCAGAAACUAAGAUGCAGAGAUCAGGUAACCUCCCCCAAGUCACAGGGCUGCCACGCAGUGCAGUGACUUCACUCCAGUCGUGGAAGUGGACGUGAAUCUGAAGUCUUGCAGGCAGGAAGUUUGGAAACACUAUCAACAGUUUAAAACUGUUCAUUCCCUUUUACCUAGUAAUUCAACUUCCAGGAAUCCAUCCUAAGAAACGGAGAUGACCCGUUUUCUUUACUGCAGCACAUGUGGAAUGACAGCGCAAACACUGAUGUUGGGGUCGGAGGCGUCACAAUGGACGUUAGUGCUUGGAAUGACAAUGGAAGCUGGCUCGUAAAAGAACGCUAACUUGAAGGAGGUACAAAAUUGUCUAACGGUAUGUAUGUACAUAAGUAACAGACCGUGAUUUCUGUGGGUGGUGGGAUUGUGGUUUUUAAUUUCCUCGCUGUCCUUUCCUGGUUUUUUGUUCGUUUUACAAUCGGAACCAAAUUUUCGUAAUUUAAUUUCACAGUCAGAAACAAAAGCUAACUGUCUUUCGAUUUAUUGUGUGUGGUUGAUGCUGAGUUUCCAGGAUGCGCCUGCCGGCGCGGCGGUGCCAGCAGCGGCAGAGCCCCCGGAGGCGCGCGAGUGGCCCAGUCGGUUACCAAGACCGGGAAGCGGCGGCCCGGGCGGAGCGCGAGUUCCAGCCGCCGCUCGCGGGCCGCGCAGACGGGACCCUGCCUGAACGGUUGUGGCCGAAGGAGGGGGAGCCAAGCGAAGCAAGCCCCGCCAACAGCAUGUCUCCAUGAGGCCGGCGGAGAAAGUCUCCUUAAAGUUCACGUGCAGUAACGUAGAGCCCAGGAAGCCCAGCCCCAGUCUCCGCGCUGACUCUAGACGGGUGGAUGAGUGGGACCAGGGGGCGAUUGGCAGCUACCAGUUGUUCGCGGCCGCGCUGGGCAACCUGGAAUGGUUACGGUUCUGUCUGAACCAGGACCAUGGGAAAAUCGCUGCUGAUGACAAGGGUUUCACUGCCAUCCACUUUGCAGCCCAGAGUGGCCAGCUUGUGUGUCUGCAGGUCUUGGUAGAGGAGUACAAGUUUCCCGUGGACCUGCCCACCAACAGUGGCCAGACAGCCCUGCACCUUGUCAUCCAUGGGGACAACAAGUCCAUGGCCCUCCCCUGCAUUCACUAUCUACUUAAGCAGGAGGCAGACAUCAACCACCAAACAUGCAAUGGCUCCACGCCCCUGCACUUGGCAGCCCAGGAGGGCCUGCUGAGCUGUGUGAAGAUCCUCGUGCAAAAUGGUGCCAAUGUCCAUGCCCAAGAUGGUGUGGGCUGCAAGCCCAUCGACUACUGCAAAAUAUGGAACCACCGUGUCUGUGCCCGGUUCCUGAAGGAUGCCAUGUGGAAACAGGACAAGAAGGACUUUGCCUGUGAGAUGGGGAAACUGAAGAAGCUCAAGGACCAGCUGGCCCUCAUGAAGCAGAACUACCUGACUGAGUAUCAAAAAGAGCACCAAAUUCUAAACGAGGCUGAUUUCAAGAAAUGGCUCCAUUGCAAGCUGCCACUCCGAAGCACCAAGCAAGAGCCCAGUGCCCCAUGCUGGUCUAUUGCCUUCUCCGAGACCCCCAACCACCAGGGAUUGGGGCCUCCCAAAAGCUUCCACCCUUCCCCGGAGGCACACCUGCGACAGACACCGCGGCCUAGGAUGCAGCCCUUGGUGAUACCCAAGUCCAUUUAUACAAAGCCCACUGUCAGGCGGCCCAAGUUGUGGAAUAUCAGUAACAACCCUGCCAGAUCCCCCACCACCCAGAUUGGCUACCCACAGGGCAUCCGCCUGGGUGUGCAUCCAGACCUCAGCUCAGAGCAUGACUUCCGCAGCUUCCUGGAUGUGAGGUCUGAUGGGCAUGGUGGGACACAGCUGCGCACGGUGGCUGGCAACCAGGUGGCCCCUGUGCCCCAGCUGCCUUUCGAGGUGAUAGUCCACGAGCUGUACCCUUCAGUGCGGCCCUACAGGAUGAAGGUGCCCCAGGGCUUUUGCUCUGUUAGCCUGAGUAAUGUGCCUUGGAAACGACGCUUGGGUGAUGACAGCUCCUGGACAGACACCCUGGCCAUGAACCUGCGUGAGACAUUUGACGACGCCUUCCUGGCAGCUGUGAGAGCCCAUCAAGGGUCCCUUACUCUGCCCUCCCCCAAGCCCUCCCCAUAAAUUUUGGUAGCCUCUCAACCUGAGGCAGCACAUGAAGGCUGAAGUGUGGUGAUUCAUGCUGCAGAUAGAGAGGGAGGGGGAGGCGUGCCCACUGGCUUGCCAUUCCCAAGCUCGAGGUUGGAGGCCCCUCUCCCCAGCAAAAGCCCAGAUCCCUUCUCUCCACAAAGAAAUCUUUUGGGACACUCCAGGGGAUCCAAGUUAGGGCAGAGGCCCAAAGCUCAGAGUGGCAGUCAGUCUCUGUCCUUGGCCAUAGCAUUUUCAAAGUGACACUCUAGUAUCCCCCCACCCGAUCCCCCAAAAAAUCCCCAGCCCAGCAGAGACAAGGCUUCCAGGAUGAGGGAGCUACUGGGAAAUUCUGCCUCUUGUUCAGAUCAACUCCUUCCUGCUGCUGGCCAUAAGCCUCACUUUUCCUCUCCAGACCCAGAGUCGGGUAGAAGACAGCAUGCACUUCCCUGCCACUAUGGUUUCUGCAGCUCAAGGAGGCAGAGGCGGUGAUGGCAUAUCUGGGGGGAGGGAGG